AUGUACAAAUUAUCGCAAAUAAUCGACGCGAGGGAAGACUCAACGGCCCGCCAGCCGCGGUCACCCUUGACUAUCAACACUUCAGCGCCCGCCUCCCCAGCCGUCUCGCUCUUCUCAGUCCCCGGUCAUAAUCGGGUCUCCAGCUCAGUCUCUUCCUUGGUCUCUGCGCCUGGUCUGGGAAACUCGCUGGAUAGCCCCAGUCGGAGCCAUUUGACCGGCGUCAAAGAAGAGGAAUGCACACGCGACUCUUUGGAGGAUCAAUACUUCCAGCAUUUUGAUUACGAUAUGUCCGCAGAAGAGUCCUAUUUCGCCCCGGUGGACCGUUCAGACACCUACGAUCUGAGCGACACCGGCAUGGAAACUGCUCCAUCGCCCAAGAAGCGUCGCUCCGACAGUGUUUCAAUGAAAGGCGUCUCGCGCAUCAACUCCCACAUCUCGACGAUGUCAGCGCGCUGGAAGAAGCGCGGAUCAGGUGGCGAAGCCGAUAUGUUCCCCGACGAUCUACGCUCGCGCGCGAACUCAGCCGCUUCAUCCGCUCUAGCCAGCCCAAUCACCAGCCCCGUGCCUAUGAUCCGCGGGGACUCGAUCCCCCCAUCACCUGCGAGAACUAUAUUUGAAGAGCGCGCCAGCGAGUCCGGCACACGCCCAAUAGACAUCACCCGCGCCAACAGCCUACAGGAAGACGACAGCGAAGCCCAGGCUACAACACCCCUCCUCCCGCCAUUCAUGGGCGACGAUCCAACCAGCGUCGUCGCUUCUCGCGUUCAAUCGCCUCUUCAGUCCCCCUCCGUGGCCGAUGUGAGUGAGAACCACUACAAUGUGACUUCCGACCCGCGCUUUAUGGGAAUUCUCCCAUCACCCCCUCUAUCCUCCAAACCAUCCAUCGCCUCUUUCAACCGUCCCCGCGCCAGCACGGUGCGCACCGUAUCCGGUGACGUGACGCCCUUCGUUCUUUCAGACCCAAAUGAUGAAUGGGCCAACAAACUCGGUCACGCCAAUUUCACCAUCACCCCAGAGCCGUAUAUGCCCGUUGUCUACGACAUGGACCAUUUCCAACAACUGCGCGCAGAUUGGGACAUUGCCCGCUGCAACUUUGCCAAGCAUCUCGUGCGCACUGGCGAACAUUACGGCGUCACCUCUUACAUUUACAAGCUUACCGUGGAAAAAUGGGAAUCCAUUAACGCGGAAUGGCAAAAACAAUAUGACAGCCUCCUCAACCAGCUUGGCGGCGACGGAGUCGCACUGACUCUCACGCAAUCUCACCCGUGCCAAGUGCGGGUCCCGCGUCUGCAUGAAGACAAAUUUCCCGAAAUGGGCGACGAGGAUAUCGUCGGCCCGAUGACAGUUGCGGGGUGUCGUGCAAAGUCUGAGAAAAAGAGGAAUUUCUUCCGAUUCUUCCAGGAUCUCGUUUCCAGACCUUGA